AUGGCCACAUUUCCUGUCCAUACUCAUGACCAAAAGGCUGUCCUAGGUGUGGCAUUCUCUUUCUCCUUUCUUGCCGUCCUCGCCGUUGUCUUGCGGUUGACUGCUCACAAGAUUGCCCGCAAAAGAUGGACACCCGCCGACUAUCUCAUCAUCACUGCCUGUAUUUUCGCCGUUGGCUUGCAAGCAAUCAGCAUCACUGGUGUCUUCCACGCUGGCAUUGGCUACGGGCACGUCAAGGAUAUCGUAGCAGAAUACGGCCUGGAACCUAUCACCAAGCUCUCGCAGAUCAUUAUACCCUUGCAGUUUCUCUGGGUUCUCAGCCUCACUUGUACCAAGAUGUCGAUCCUUACUCUGUAUGUUUUUAUCUUCCCAAUUCGAUGGAUUGUUUGGGGCUCCUACGUAACCAUGGCUAUUCUUAUUGCUUGGACAAUCGGAACGAUUCUUGCUGGCUGUUUGAUCUGCCGGCCUAUCGCGUUCAAUUGGGACAAAACGAUUCCUGGAGGAACUUGCGGCAACCAGGUCAUGUCGUUCACGAUCAGUGGAAUCAUCAACGUCUUCACUGAUGUUAUAGUGCUUCUCUUACCCAUGCACGCUCUUUACCACCUCCAGAUGGCUAUGUACAAGAGAGUGGCCCUCGUUACCGUUUUUGGCCUGGGUAUCUUUACGUGCAUCAUUAGCGCCCUUCGCAUCUCUGUCUUGUCCAGUAUGGACUUUUCUGAUAUUACCUUCACAAUCCCGAGAGCCAAUAUUUUCAGCUGUCUAGAGCCCUGCCUUGCCGUGGUUCUUGCCUGUGUUCCCCUGAUGCAUCCACUCCUCCGCCGGUCUACACCAACACCUUAUGGCUCAGGGAAGAAGUCUGCGAACACUGAAUCGAAGUCCGCUGGUGUGAGGGUAGUGAGCGAUGAUGGAUUCGAGCGGCUAGAUGACGAUACGAGCCACCUAUGGCUCAGACCGUUGGGAUGGCAGCACCGCGUUGAUGCCUCCGAUCAGCAAGAAACCAUACUUGGAGAUGCAGGCCAAGGUGACCGAGAGUCUCUUGAUAGGCAAGAGAGGGAUGGUGGUAUGAGCAGUUGA